AUGGGAUCAUUCAAAAUAUCCAAUCCGUCAUCAUUGACACCACAUCUCCUCCGACUACCAGCAGAGCUCCGUCUCAAAAUCUACGAAUAUGCCUUGGCAGUACCAAACGAGUACAUGAACAAGCCAUUGAUAGUGGUCGACGACCGUGGCAAAGUCUUCACAGCCCGCGGCCAAUACAGAGCCCUAGCAAUGAGUCCAAGCUGGGUUGGCGAAGACGGCACAGCACGCAAGCUCCUCGCCGUCAACCACCAAAUCCACGACGAAGCCGAAGACUACCUGUACUCACAGCACACGCUGUUCUUCCGCAACUCAUUCAACCUAGAUCGGCUGGGCGAUUUCCUCGGCACGCUUAGCGCAACUGCGCGCUCGCGCAUUCGCAGCGUUGGCUUUGAGGUCUUCUUCUUCGUUCAUACGCAGACGGGCGUGCCGAAGCGUACCAUCAAGCAGUAUGAGCUUGCUGCCAGGCUUCUUUCCGAGAAGUUACCCGCUUGGCGGAGUGUGUUGUUUUAUCUUGAUCCGCGCUUUUAUUAUCCCUCUGCUAAUGUUGGUGGGAGAGAUCUCACGGCGAGGGGAGUGUUGGAUCUUGCUAUGCGGUUUGGGUGCUGCCGGGAUAUUAGUUUCUUUCCGUUGCCGAAUGGUGAUCAGCGCCUUUUGGAAGAAGCUCAGCAGUUUGUUUGGAGGAGUCGAUCGCCGCCGAGGUCGCCUGCUUAUUGUUCGCUUUCGAAGAAGUAUCCGUUUGCUUCGGAUUUCUCGAAGUCUUUGCCAAGUCACUGGUCCACGUCAUCUGUUUUCUGA